AUGGCAGAAAUUCCUCACAAAGUCGUGUCGCCUACGUUUGAAAGACAAGCUCUCACAAUCCUUGGCGCCAAAAAUGAGCUCGAUGCACCCGAUUUUGACCCAGUAGACUAUGUCAAUCGUUUCUUUCCAAAUGAACAUAGCAUUGGUUCCAUUGAUACUGUGUUGGGCAAAAUACACGACAAGAUUCGAGCAACAAAGGUGGAAAUAGAACGGCAUACGACAACGCAAUCGGAUAGUGAGCAUCAGGCAGCAGAAGAACUUGAACGAGCCAAGGGUGCUAUCAAGACCUUGUUUCAGAAUAUCCAAGAUAUCAAAUGCAAGGCGUCUCACUCUGAAGCUAUGGUGCAAGAGAUCACGCAAGAUGUCAAAUCCUUAGACUAUGCCAAACGACAUUUGACGCACUCUGUCACAGCUCUCAAACGUCUCCAAAUGCUAGUUACUGCCAUUGAUCAGCUCGAGUCAAUGUCCCAAAGCAAUCAAUAUGAAGGAAGCGCACAGCUGUUACAGGCAGUUGUACAGCUUAUGCAACAUUUCAAGUCAUACAAGUGUGUACCACAAAUAGCAUUGCUCUCGGAACGAAUUACGGGCUUGCAAAUGAGCCUUGAAAGAAAGAUCCUCACUACAUUUGAGCAAGGGUUUCAAAGCGAUGGAUCCUUAUCAAUUUCCUCCAACAUGUUACAUGAUGCAUGCAAAGUAGCGUCCGCACUCGGGGAGAACACAAAGGAAAAGGCCAUUAAAAUCUAUGUUGAUUCCCAGUUGAAGCCUUAUCGACAGAUUUUUGGAGUCAACGAAGAGGUGUCUCAGCUGGAUAACAUUUCAAGGCGAUAUGCAUGGUUAAAACGCCUAUUGAAAUCAUGUGAUGAAAAUCAUGCAGAGAUCUUUCCUCGUUCUUGGUGUAUCACAGGAAGGCUAUGUGAGCAAUUUUGCGACUUGACAAGAACGGACCUGGGACGUGUAUUGGGAAACACACAACCAUUGGAUGUGAAGGAAUUUCUAAAGGCACUGCAGCUUACGAUUGAAUUUGAAGGCCAAUUAUCAAAGCGUUAUGAGAAAAUGAACAAGUAUGAAAACCUGGAUAAGCAAAUGCGUUUUGAAAAGAGGAUAUCUUCAUGCUUUAUUCCUCAUCUUGACGUAUACAUCGAUGCGCAGGACAGGACUUUGAAUGAGAUGAUCAAUUCAUAUGUCGACUCGGAUCGCCGAACAGAGGAUGAAAGCAACGUGAUGGUACUCCCUUCAAGCACGGAUCUGUUUUAUUUCUAUCGUGAGACUCUGGUGCAAUGUGCAAGAUUUUCUACGGGCGAAGCCUUUUGGAAACUUUCUCAAUUGUUCUCGAAACAUUUGAGAUCUUACUGCAAGACUGUAUUGAUCGAUGGAAUCACACGCGAUAGGAAUGCAUCGAAGGAUAGUCUACGGCGUAUUAGCUUAGCAUUGAACACCGCGGAUUACUGCUGUAUGACGACGUCACAGUUAGAGGAUAAGUUGAAGGAAACAAUUGAUGCUGAAUUUCGGGACAAGGUCGAUUUGCAAGAUUCUCGAGAAUCAUUUAUGGGUGCAGUGUCUUCUUGCAUAGACUCAGCAGUUCAAGUCCUACAACGCGCCUGUGACAAUUACCUCCAACAGAUGAUUAGAUUAUCUUGGUCCUCCUUGGACACGGUUGGCGAUCAAUCCGAAUACGUCACAUAUAUACUGGAUGCUAUCAAAGAAUCUGCUACUACAGUAGGCCACACCAUUGCCAACAAGCGCUAUUUCCGAACAUUCUGCGAUCGCUUUGUUGACGCUUUUCUGUCAAAUUUCCUGGUACACGUUUUCCGAUGCAAACCAGUAUCAGAAAUUGGAGCUGAACAACUUCUCUUGGAUACCCACGCUAUCAAAACACUCUUGAUGGAGCUCCCCUUGUCAGCAUCGGAUGGUCCUACAACUGUACCAACCUCAUAUGGCAAGCUUGUUAGCAAAGGAGUGUCAAGGACCGAAACCGUAUUGAAAACAAUCAUGACGCCACUUGAUCCGCUCGAAGGCUUUGUGGAGAACUAUAUAUUCCUAACAGGCGAUAAGCAUGUUGGCAAUUAUACACGCUUAUUGGAUCUUAAGGGUAUCAAAAAAUCAGAACAAGGGCCAUUGAUAGACGCUUUCCAACGUCGUGUCACAAGCUGCAAGGAAGAGCUUUCAGAAAACCCAAAUCUAUUACCCAAUGUCGACUUGGUGGCACAAAAUGGCUCCAAUCUCUCCGGUGGUUUUACCUUAUCAACCAUAGCGAGCUCUGCAUCCAACUUUAAUCAAAAUGCCCUACCACCUUUUGUUCGCACAUCGCAGGCAACAUCCGGUCAUACCCCACCUGGAUCUCCAAACGUAGAUGGAAAUGGAUCAGGAGCCAGGACCGCUGGUCGUUUGAACGAGAAUUUCAGAAAAUUAGUGAUGACAGGCAUGGCAUUUCGUAAAGAUCUUCAAGAACGACGUGAUCAACAAAAGCCAUAG